AUGCGAGGCGGACUGCGCCGGCGAGGUGCGCUGCGGCGCGCACGUGCUCGCGAGCACUGCCGCGACGAGCCGACGGCACCCCCCGCCGCGCGGGAGGCUCUGCUGAAAGGAGUCUCGCUGUGCGUCGUCGCGGGCUGCGGCGAGUCGUGCGGCGGCGAGGACGAGCUCGUGGCACACCUCUGCGAGACGCACUGCGAGACGCAGACGUCGGUCGUCUCGCCCGGCCGCGGCUGCUAUCGCAGCUUCGCCGGACUCGCGCCCCACAACAAGGGCGGAGGCGGCAACGCUCAUUCCCCAUCGCCGGGGAAGAGACCGCACGCGGCGCCGACGCUAGAGGAGAACGGCGUUGAGCCCUACAGGACGCGGUUGCCGCGGCAACUCGACGCGCACCUGCGCGAGCAUCUCGCCGAAGCGCGUGCCGCCGCCGCCGACAAGCGGUCGCCGAAAAAGAAGAUCGCUGCGGCGAAGAUGUCGCCGAACAAGCGAACGCCCGCGAACCGCGAGGAGCGCCCCCUGGCGACGAAAGGCGGCCGCGGGUUCGAGCAGGCCUUCGCUGACUUCCUGAGUUCGACGACGAAGCAGACGAAGAAUCACGUCGGCGACGGCGGCGGGAGGCUGGGCGCGCGGUCGCCGCGGCGCGGGCAGGAGUCGGCGGCGCCGAAAUCGGAGAGGCGCGCGAGCGAAGCGGAGCCGGAACAGGCAAAGACGGAGGACGGCGCGAGAGCGACGACGGACAACGGCGGAUCCGCGUCAGACAGACUGCGGACGGACGGAGCCGAGAACACGUGUGCGCCUAGCAGGGAGGCACCGCGGGACGAUCGCGACGAGGAGAGAGUCGACGGCGACGCCGCGGCGGUCGACGAGACUCCGGCGGCGGCGGCGCGCAGCGACGGAGCGGACGUUCGAUCGGAGACGGGCGAUCCAUCUGUGGUCGCCCGCGGAUCUCGGCAAAGCGAAGCAACAACGGCAGCGGCGGCGGACGUCCCCGAGGCGGCGCCGGUUGACACGGUGGCGCCCCCUAGCAGCGUAUCCGCGGCGACAAGCGGAGCGGUUGAGAACGGCUCGACCGCCGACGCGUCGACCAAUCAAUCUCCCGACGUCGGAGCCGCCGCCGAGCUCGACUGCCCUCGACACGGAAGAUCGAGAUCGCGCGGACGCCGUGGGAAGCUGUCGUCCUCCAAGCGAGACGAACGACGCGGUAACGCCGGUCUCGCAAGAGAAACCGGCGGCGGAGGAGGAGGGGAAGGGGGUCGCGAGCGGCGGCGAUGA